GGAGCUCUAUAUCUCUCUCUUUGUUGGCUCUCAUCUCAAGCAAAGCACACACAUACACACUCUCUUCUUCCAAGUUCUAAUGGCGGAGAUCCUGGGCCUCGCAGCGUCGAUCCGAGCUCUCACCGCAUAAGGCUUGGCGCGGCAGCAGAUCUGAAGAGAAGUGGUGAAGUGGGAACGGCGAUGGCGGACGCUGGGGACGGGAAGACGGCGGCGGCGGCGGGGGACGGGGGCGAGAAGAAGAGGCAGGAGCAGAGCGCGGCAUUCCACGAACUGUUCUCCUUCGCGGACCGGUGGGACUGCCUGCUGAUGGCGGCGGGGAGCGUGGGGGCGGUGGUGCAUGGCUCCGCCAUGCCCGUCUUCUUCCUCCUCUUCGGCGACCUCGUCAAUGGCUUCGGCAAGAACCAAACCCACCUCUCCGUCAUGACCCAUGAGGUGUCCAAGUACGCCCUCUAUUUCGUCUACCUCGGGUUGGUGGUUUGCUUGUCCUCUUACGCAGAGAUCGGUUGCUGGAUGUACACCGGGGAGCGGCAGGCGAGCGCGCUCCGGCGGCGGUACCUGGAGGCAGUGCUGCGGCAGGACGUUGGCUUCUUCGACACCGACGCGAGAACCGGCGACAUCGUCUUCAGUGUCUCCACCGACACCCUCCUCGUCCAAGACGCCAUUAGCGAGAAGGUCGGUAACUUCAUUCACUACCUGUCGACGUUCUUGGCCGGGCUGGUGGUCGGAUUCAUCUCGGCGUGGAGACUAGCCCUCCUCAGCGUGGCCGUCAUCCCCGGAAUCGCGUUCGCCGGAGGUCUCUAUGCCUACACUCUCACCGGCCUCACCUCGAAGAGCCGCGAGUCCUACGCCAACGCCGGCAUCGUCGCCGAACAGACUAUUGCACAAGUUCGGACCGUAUAUUCUUUUGUUGGAGAAAACAAAGCACUCAAUUCCUACUCUGAAGCAAUUCAAAACACAUUGAAGCUCGGAUACAAAGCGGGGAUGGCAAAAGGUCUCGGUAUUGGCUGCACAUAUGGGAUUGCUUGCAUGUCAUGGGCUUUGGUAUUUUGGUAUGCUGGUGUUUUUAUUAGGAACGGACAAACUGAUGGCGGGAAGGCCUUCACAGCCAUAUUUUCUGCUAUUGUCGGUGGCAUGAGCCUAGGUCAGUCAUUCUCAAACCUUGGGGCCUUCAGCAAAGGAAAGGCUGCUGGAUACAAGCUAUUGGAGAUUAUCCGGCAAAAACCCUCUAUAAUUCAGGACCAGUCAGAUGGGAAGUGUUUGGAAGAGGUCCACGGAAACAUAGAAUUCAAAGACGUAACCUUUAGCUACCCGUCACGACCUGAUGUCAUUAUCUUCCGAGAUUUCUCUCUUUUCUUUCCAGCAGGGAAGACAGUUGCUGUCGUGGGAGGUAGUGGAUCUGGAAAAAGCACAGUUGUGGCUUUGAUAGAAAGAUUUUAUGAUCCUAACCAAGGGCUGGUUCUGCUCGAUAAUGUGGAUAUAAAGACUUUACAACUAAAAUGGCUAAGAGAACAAAUUGGUUUGGUGAAUCAAGAACCAGCACUUUUUGCUACCACCAUACUUGAGAACAUACUCUACGGAAAACCUGAUGCAACAAUUGGUGAAGUUGAAGCUGCUGCCUCUGCUGCUAAUGCUCAUAGCUUCAUAUCACAACUUCCAAGUGCUUACAACACUCAGGUAGGAGAACGGGGAGUUCAGCUAUCUGGUGGACAGAAACAGCGUAUUGCCAUUGCCCGAGCCAUGCUUAAGAAUCCCAAGAUCCUUCUCCUUGAUGAAGCUACCAGUGCCCUGGAUGCAGGAUCCGAGAGCAUUGUCCAGGAAGCUCUAGAUCGUCUGAUGGUUGGAAGAACCACUGUUGUUGUUGCACACCGACUGUCGACUAUAAGAAAUGUCGACAUGAUUGCUGUCAUUCAGCAGGGGCAAGUUGUUGAAACUGGAGCACAUGAGGAUCUCCUGGCGAAAGGGAGCUCCGGAGCCUAUGCAUCUCUGAUACGGUUCCAAGAGAUGGCGAGGAACAGAGACUUCGGCGGUCCAUCCACUCGCAGAUCCCGGUCUUCACGCCUGAGCCAUUCACUUUCCACAAAAUCUUUGUCUCUUCGAUCUGGCAGUUUAAGGAACUUGAGCUAUCAGUACAGCACUGGAGCAGAUGGUCGUAUCGAGAUGGUGUCCAAUGCUGAUAACGUUCGCAAGUAUCCAGCACCUCGUGGCUAUUUCUUCAAGCUUCUGAAGCUAAACGCACCAGAGUGGCCUUAUACCAUCAUGGGUGCCAUAGGAUCAGUUCUAUCUGGGUUCAUAGGUCCAACAUUUGCAAUUGUCAUGAGCAACAUGAUUGAAGUUUUCUAUUACAGAGACCCAAAUGCUAUGGAGAGGAAGACAAGGGAGUAUGUCUUCAUAUAUAUCGGUACAGGGCUCUAUGCAGUUGUUGCUUAUUUGGUCCAGCAUUACUUCUUUAGCAUCAUGGGGGAAAACCUUACAACCAGGGUGAGAAGGAUGAUGCUUGCCGCUAUCUUACGGAACGAAGUUGGCUGGUUUGAUGAGGAAGAGAACAAUUCAAGCCUUGUGGCUGCUCGUUUAGCCAAUGAUGCAGCUGAUGUGAAAUCUGCAAUUGCCGAGAGGAUAUCUGUAAUCCUGCAGAACAUGACUUCACUUCUUACUUCCUUCAUAGUUGGCUUUGUAGUCGAAUGGCGUGUUGCUCUUCUCAUUCUCGCCACCUUCCCUCUUCUGGUGCUUGCCAACUUCGCCCAGCAACUGUCGCUGAAGGGCUUCGCCGGGGACACAGCCAAGGCCCACGCCAAGACCAGCAUGAUCGCGGGGGAGGGCGUGAGCAACAUCCGCACGGUAGCGGCCUUCAAUGCGCAGGCCAAGAUCCUGUCCCUCUUCUGCAACGAACUCCGUAUUCCCCAACGCCGCAGCUUCCGGCGGAGCCAGACGUCGGGCAUCCUUUACGGCCUCUCCCAGCUGUCCCUCUAUGCCUCUGAGGCCCUCAUCCUCUGGUACGGUGCUCAUCUCGUACGCUCUGGCGCCUCCACCUUCUCCAAGGUCAUCAAGGUGUUCGUGGUCCUCGUCGUCACUGCCAACUCCGUCGCCGAGACGGUCAGCCUCGCCCCUGAAAUCGUCCGGGGAGGAGAGUCCAUCCGCUCCGUCUUCGCCAUCCUCAACCGGGGCACACGGGUCGAACCUGAUGACCCAGAGGCCGAGCACGUUGACUCCGUUCGUGGGGAGAUCGAGCUGAGGCACGUCGACUUCGCCUACCCAUCCCGGCCUGAUGUCCCCAUCUUCAAGGACUUCAACCUUCGUAUCCGUGCCGGCCAAAGCCACGCUCUCGUCGGCGCCAGUGGUUCCGGGAAGAGCACCGUCAUUGCACUGAUCGAGCGGUUCUACGACCCCACGGCGGGGAAGGUCUUGAUCGACGGCAAGGACAUCAAGCGGCUCAACCUGAAGUCUUUGCGGCUCAAGAUCGGGCUGGUGCAGCAGGAGCCGGUGCUCUUCGCCGCGAGCAUCAUGGAGAACAUUGCCUACGGCAAGGACGGCGCGACGGAGGAGGAAGUAAUCGAGGCAGCACGCGCCGCCAAUGUGCACGGCUUCGUGAGCGCGCUACCGGACGGCUACAAGACAGCGGUGGGCGAGAGGGGGGUGCAGCUAUCGGGAGGGCAGAAGCAGCGGAUCGCCAUCGCCAGGGCGGUACUGAAGGAUCCAGCGGUGCUGCUGCUGGAUGAGGCGACGAGCGCGCUGGAUGCGGAGUCGGAGUGCGUGCUGCAGGAGGCACUGGAGCGGCUCAUGAAGGGCCGGACCACCGUGCUGGUGGCGCACCGCCUCUCCACCAUCCGAGGGGUGGACUCCAUCGGGGUGGUCCAGGAAGGCCGCAUCGUGGAGCAAGGGAGCCACUCCGAGCUCGUCGCCCGGCCCGACGGAGCCUACUCGCGGUUGCUGCAACUGCAACACUACCAUGUUUGACAAUAGAACGGCGCCAUCGACAUGAACAGACUUUGAGAUCGGUGGAUUCAGAUGCAACGAGGUUAAUUACUGCUAUCUAAUCUCACUGGUGCCGCAUCUCGACGUUACAUAUCAAAUGGGGGUGUUGGAGGAGAGGGGAAGUGUAUUGGGUCAUGUUGUGGUGGUAAUAUUUGUAUGGACCAAAGUGAUCUUUUCGACUUUGAAGCCGUAGAGAUUUUAGCUUG